CUCCUGGCCGUGGUCUAUCUGGGGCAAAGGUCACGGGCCCAAACGCUGGGCUCCCUGCGGACCCGCGUCCUGAGAAGGAGACUCUGGGUGCGGGUGCUGUGUGGCUGUGGCCAAGCAUCACCCUUGGAGCAGACAUCCCCAGCAUCCGCUCAGCAGAUAAGGACUCAGAGCUGGAAGUCUUGACUCAGGCUCACCAAGGCCACGUGCCGGUGCCCUGGGGCGCCCACCGCCUCUCUGCCGCUCCACAUCCAACAGUCCCGGCCCCCAUGGGGUGUCCUCUCUUCCUCAUGGAGCUGGCAUCCUGGUGAAAUGGAUUCACCACCACCCCCACCCUACCAGGACCCAGACCCUUCGCUGGUUUCCCAGCCUGAUAUGGAGCCAGAAGCAGCCAGAGACAAGGACAGCUUCCGAAAUUACACGUCCGGCCCGCUCCUGGACCGUGUCUUCGCCACCUACAAGCUUAUGCACACGUGGCAGACCGUGGACUUCGUAAGGAGAAAGCAUGCCCAGUUUGGGGGCUUCUCCUAUAAGAGGAUGACUGUCAUGGAGGCUGUGGACAUGCUAGACGGACUGGUGGACGAGUCGGACCCCGACGUGGACUUCCCCAACUCCUUCCAUGCCUUCCAGACAGCCGAGGGCAUCCGGAAGGCCCAUCCGGACAAGGACUGGUUCCACCUCGUCGGGCUCCUGCAUGACCUGGGGAAGGUCCUGGCUCUGGCAGGGGAGCCCCAGUGGGCAGUGGUAGGAGACACCUUCCCAGUUGGCUGCCGUCCCCAGGCCUCUGUGGUCUUCCGUGACUGCACCUUCCAGGACAACCCUGACCUCCAGGACCCCCUGUACAGCACGGAGCUUGGCAUGUACCAGCCUCACUGUGGGCUCGAGAACGUCCUCAUGUCCUGGGGCCAUGAUGAGUACAUGUACCGGAUGAUGAAGUUCAACAAAUUCGCCUGGGGGGCGGGGAGACUCGGGGGGCUUCACGGGCCGCCGUCCCUGUGCCGCAGCAAGUUCGACCUCUACACCAAGAGCUCCAGCCUGCCGGACGUAGCCGCGCUGCGGCCCUACUACCAGGCGCUCGUUGACAAGUACUGUCCUGGCGCCCUGCGCUGGUGACGGCCCGCCACCCCCU